AUGGACCAGAUGGCAGAUGAAAUGACUCUGAGUGCCGAUGUGAAAAACAAAGGGACAGUAAACACUGCUGAGGAGAGUGCUGCGUGGGUGAGAGGAGAAAGGUUACAAAGUGAGGCUCAGGUCGUCGACUGGAGACUUGUCGCCUCUGCAGAAAGUGAGCCUGGGGAGAGUAGCACAGAAGCUCAGCGGCAUAGAGAGGGUGACAGCUCUUCUUCCCUUCUAUUCCCUUUGAAAAUGUACCUGAAGAGAUCUUCCUCUGCAGCAUCCUCCACCACAGAAUCUCUGUCUUCUUCGCAGCAGAGCAACACGGGAGUUGACUGUGCAGGAAUUGUCCUAAACUGCCUCUUCUGUCGGUUCUACGAUAUGAUCCUCAUGCUACCUGACUCCUGUAAGAGAGUUGCCAAUCAUUGCUGCCCCACGUACAAACAAGUCGUCACCUCAGUGGAGUCUACGCCCAGCAGUAACGAAGACUCUGGCAUGGACCUAGACUGUGGUCUGCUCAGUUCCUGUCAUGAUACAAGUGACUGCCUGGAGUUGGCUAUGGAGAUUUCUGAAAUAUGCUAUCACUAG